AUGACAUUCUGCUUGCCUUCCAAUAUCAACAAAUGUAUCCUGCCAGACUACAAGAUGAAGAUCAAUGAGAAGGAGCUUAAAGUCAUAGUGGCCAAACUUCCAUUCUCCCAGGGGGUACUUAGAUUGGCAUACCAUGGCAUUGACGAGUAUGGCAAAAGAGUAGUUCUCAAACUAUUAAAGAGAAUGGGUUGGGAAGAGAUGGGUCUCAAGAGGUAUCUAGAGGCAAUAGAGUGUCAGACAGUUGCUUACAAGUUUGCUCAAGAGUUUAGCAUUGUUAAUAACGACAACAACAAAAUUAUCAAAUAUACAGUUGCCAGAGUGGCACAAGUCAAGAAUAGUGCUGGAACAUUCUUUACGAUCGAGUCCUACAUUGAUGGUGAAUACGAGAAGUUCAACAACAACUCAGGUUGGAGGAAUAAUGAUAUGUCAUUGGAGAUCUUGAAGACUUUCUCACAUUGGACUCACCAUUUGUCUAAAGGUCAAUGA